UCGCUGCGGGGCCGGGCCGGGCGGAGCUCCGAGCCGUGCCGUGCCGAUCCCAGCCGUGCCGAGCCGUACCGGGCCCGGAAGGCGCCAGGCGGGGGCGGAGCGGGGCGCAGCCGCGGGGUCCGUGUCGGUGCCGGCGGAGCGCCCGGAGCUGAGCUCGGCGACUAUAAGACCCAGAUAUGUCCUUCAUAUUUGAUUGGAUUUACAGUGGUUUCAGUAGUGUAUUACAGUUUUUAGGACUGUACAAGAAAUCAGGCAAACUAGUUUUUCUUGGAUUGGACAAUGCUGGAAAAACUACGCUGCUGCACAUGCUCAAAGAUGACAGACUGGGACAGCACGUCCCCACACUACACCCCACUUCAGAGGAGCUGACAAUUGCUGGUAUGACUUUCACUACCUUUGAUCUGGGUGGACAUGCUCAAGCUCGCAGAGUGUGGAAAAACUACCUGCCAGCUAUUAAUGGCAUUGUGUUCUUGGUGGACUGUGCGGAUCAUGAGAGACUGCUCGAAUCAAAAGAAGAACUUGAUUCACUAAUGACAGAUGAAACUAUUGCUAAUGUGCCUAUCCUAAUCCUUGGUAAUAAGAUUGACAGACCUGAAGCCAUCAGUGAAGAGAGGUUACGAGAGAUGUUUGGUCUGUACGGCCAGACAACAGGAAAGGGCAGUAUACCAUUGAAAGAAUUGAACGCAAGGCCACUAGAAGUGUUCAUGUGCAGCGUGCUAAAGAGACAAGGCUACGGAGAAGGAUUCCGUUGGAUGGCACAGUACAUUGAUUAACGCCAAAAUCACAUUAGUACUUUCUGUCCCAUGUCUAAAUAUUAAGUCUGCUCCUUCUCUGAUCACUCAGUGUACGUAACUUGAAUUCAUUUGACUGUUUAGUUAUAUAAGCAUACAUUUUUACAUAAUUAUACCACCUAUGCUAAAUUGUAAGUGUGAGGAUUGAAAAAUUAUUUCAAGCAAGUUUGUAAGUUUAAGUACCACAACUUUUUAGCUUUCUAAUCCCAUACAACAUUCUUUUGCAACUUUUAAUUUAACAAAUCUCCAGCACCAUUUUUGGACAGAGCAACUUUCCAGUACAGUAUGUUUGAAUGCACUUUUUAACAGCUAAAAACUACAGACAUGUGAAAAAUAUUUAAUGCUUAUCAUGUUAAAUUUUUUUAUGUACUUUUUUGAAACUGGUUUUAUAACUUUAGAGUAUAUAACCAUCUUUCAACAAAUAAUAAAUAAUUAGCUGAUGGAUAAUUGCAUGAUGCCUUACAGUUUUCAAUAAUAUACUUUCUUAUGCAACGUCAUGCAAUAAAUUUAAAUCCAGUUUUUGGCGACUUUAAUGGAAAAUGUUUCAUUUUAAUGUGUCUUAACUAGUGAGGCUGUCUAAUGAUCUGAAUAUGGGGGAUAUUUUCCUGAAACACAGAAGGCCACAAAGUAGUUUCAUUGUGUGUUAAGGAGUAAGGUAUUUCCUUCAGACUACCAAAUUGCAUUUAUUUUAGGAUCUUGCAUUAGUAGACGAAAACUCUAAUCCGAUGCCCUUAUAACUGCCACCUUUAAAAAAUACAAAAUCUGUGUCAAUGCAAAUCAUGAACUAAUGUCAAAAGUGGUCUUACUUUACUGGUACCUUGAAUUAAACCCCUGAAAUGGCCAAAAAUACAAAUGUUACUGAAGAAAUUGAGAAAGGUACUGCACUAAGUUAUUCUGUUCUCAAUUUAAUUAGACUUGGAUUCUGCCAGAAGAUUAAUCAGUGAAUUUGCCAGGAAAAAAAAAUGCUAUUGUUGCUUGUGAAAAUUUAUCAGCCCACACCCAGUCGGACAAUUCUAUUUUUGGUGUUUUGAUUUGGAUUAAGGUGGAUUGUUUUCUACAGUUUUGCCCAGAAGCUCAGUCAAUAUAACAGUCGUUGGAUGCCCAAGUGGCUUGUUUCUGUGGUAAAACUUCAUUAUCUUCAGUGCUUGCUUUCCAGACUUCUGUUUUUUCCCCACCCCCCAGUGCAUUAGCUCCCUGAGGAGAGGACAGGUUAUUUUCUAAGAAGGAGUGGUGAAACGUGUAUCCAUCAGCUUCUUGUUGACACUAGCUGACAUUGCCAUGGAACUGUUAUUUGUGUUUCUGUGUGCAGCAGGAUGUGUUCCUCUGUGAUGUAGCUAAUGAAGGCAGGCUUUCAGCCUGGGAAUCGUCGUUUCGCUGUGGUGGGUUUGACUUUCACUGAGUAGUGUGUUUCACCCUUGUGAAACUAAGAACUGCUACAAAUGUUCUUACUGGAUCCCAGGACUGGGACUACUUUUCCUCACAGUUGUAGGUCUUCUUUAAAAUACUCCAGGCCCUAUGUUUUCAAUAGUCGUAGCAGCAAAGGUAUAUUUGUCUGCCUUGAUUUCAUGAAGAAUUUUCUCUCUUGAACUACUGGGCUUGUCUCUCGGAUUUAAAACCUAUAGGCUUUAAAUAAAAAAGAAAUUUGGACCUUUUCAAAGCCUAUGGAAUAAAAGAGAGGUACUUCUUGCCCAGAUGUGGACUUGUAUGAUUCAAUAUCGAUGAGCAGUUCCCCACAGCCCUACAUUAUGCUUCUGAAUAAGAUCAAUAAUUCAGAACCUAACUAAUAUCGAUUAUAGCUGACAUUUGUUACAGCAGUCUUACAAAAGUGUUAAGCCUAGCUUGUUCAUGGUGAAGUUCAGAAGUGAGGAUAUCUGAUAGCUUUUCCAAGAGACCGAUGUGAAAGAAUUCUGCAUCUAAACUCUGCUGCGAAGUAGUGUCUCUGUAUUGCGUAAGACAAAACUGUAGAUCAGAAACAGCCUCUUACAACAUGUGGACAACAUGCAAGUUGUUGCUACUUACAGCAGUUACACCUGGGGACAUGCCUUUUUUCCCCCCUCUAGAUUUUUCUGAUAACGGUUACAAUGCAACAGCUAAAUCGGUAGAUGGUGUAAAUAUUAAAAAUACUUUUUGCAGUCGUACAGUGAUAUUGUUAGGGGAGACUCGGGACUGUGCUGCCUGUGCUGAUGGAAAUGAAGCUGGAAGUGGAGAUGUUCUGCUGCCCCGCUCCUCACUUGGGGUGGGGAGUGCCCGCAGACCACUUCCGUAGGCUGAGCCAUUCCGUGGGCAUUGGAAGAGACUGGGGUCUUCUUCAGCUGCUGUUCAACCAACUGUGAAUAACGUGAGCAGUAAAGAAAGGGAUGGUAGUCUUAAAGUGUUAAAAAAGAAUAGAGGUAUACUGCUUUAAAAGUGUGUAUUAAGGGUAAUUCGUAGUGUUAUGGAAAUACUCAGAUUUCAUGUUUCAUACUGUGAGAUGCUAGUUUAAAUGUGGUUGUAAUAAGGGCAUGAAGAAAUUGGACCUCUUGUUUUUCUGUCUUGGUAUUGUAAUGGUUCCCAUUGUGGGAACAGCUGAACAACGCUCGGUUAAAUACACAAAUAAUCUCACUGUUCAUUCAGUAGAGGAAAUUAUUUCUUCUGUAGUUUACAUUCUGCUGUGCACAUGAAUGUGAAUGGGUGUCGUGUGUCUUUGUGUGAAGACUUUAUUAAUAGAAAAAUAUACUGGUGAGUUUUUCUGAUGGCUUUCAUCCCCGCCACCUCUACAUCUUCCUGUUCACUUAUUUCUAGAGGUUACUUAUUCCUAUGAUUGCGACCAGUCUUAUUUAUAAAAAAAGGGGGGGAGGGGGCAACGUUCACAUUUGGGUCUGACUCCUAUGAAUUUUUUUUGCACUCUUGACUAUGCAGACUUCAAUUAAACAUCACUUUAAAGAAUGUGAAAAAGAAAACUCAUUAAUAAAGACGUUAUUUAUGAAGUGUCUCAAAUUUGUUUUUACAUCACCACUUCAAGAGAAAUGAAUGCAGAUUUCUAAGAUAUUAAUAACUAGUACUGACAAAAUGGCCCAUAUUUCACUGCAGUGACCCCAUGCAGUAGCAUCUGUGAAUCGAAUAAGAUUUAUUUUGCUUGGAUUUAAUUAAACUUUGGUUUUAGUAUGUACUGUUUAUCUGAGGGGCAUUGCUAUAUUUCAGUCUCGGUUUAAUAAAUUCUUUAGAAACAAUUAUUGGCAUUGGAAAUGCGAAGAAUCUUUGAGUUUUCUUAUUUGUCCUCUUGCCAGACCAAGAUUUUUUCAUGAAGCGUGUUAUCUCAUGCUGUAUUCACUGGUCAGGUACUGUCAUAUGAUGUGCCAAAGAUGACCUGUGGCAUUCACUGGAAUAUAAUACCUGCAUGUGUGUGAGCUUUCCUGUAUUUUACUAAUUGGGAUUGAAUAUCAAAUAGAGCAUUUGACAUCUGCUUAUUUAUAACUAAAAUCAGAAAAAUGAUAUUGUUGUUCUUAAGUCCCAGUGAAUUCACAGGUCUACUUUAAGUAGAAUUGUUCUCUCUUGUUCUCUCUUGUUUGUACUGUCAGCAUAUUUGGUUGUUACCAACCAAAGUCCAAUAUUUCCAUUGACUACAACAUGCUCGGAGUUAGUGUAAAUAAUGUAAUCAAUAGUUAUGGACUUAAAAGCCGUAUUUAAAACAGCCUAAUCCAUUGGCUGUCCGUGGGGACGUGUAAUUUAUUUGCACUUAGAUAAACCACUUUUGCACUAGUAUUUCAGUGUGGAACUAAACAUUUUCUGUUUUGAAAUGUGAGUGCUCUAAAUGUUUAAAAGCAUAAUUUAUAUAAUAAACUGCAGAAGAAAAGCUAAAGAA